UGACGUUAUUGAAUUACGAAUUGGCAACACUGAAAUAAAGAGGUUUCCAUAUGUAUAAUUAUUCAAAUAAUUUGUGUAAAGGUCUAAUUUUACAAUUGCAUACAAAAGGAAAAUCUAUUCAACUAUGAAACACUAUAUUUCGUAUUUAUUGCUAUUGAAUAGGAAUUGGUGGACAAUGUAGUGCCUCUAAAGUGUGCAAUCUGCACAAAAUUUUCUUGUAUAAAAAAUCAUGCAUUAACAAGAAUUUGGUUUAAAUUCGUGGAGAAACGCUACAAUUUAAUACUCAAAUUACUUUUGAGUUUACUUAAUAAACGCCAUGAAACCAUUAAUUACAGUAAUACGAGCCGGGCGUAUAAGCUACGGCACAGGUUUACUCCUACAAAAGUAUUUAUGUAAUCAGCGCAUGGAGGAAGUGGAUAAAUUUCGAAAUUAUAUUUUGUUACAAGAAUUCAAUCCAGUGUACACAACAGGUUUGCGCACAAAGGAAUACACAAAAGAAGAUGAGAUACGCCUGCGGAAAUGUGGUGCAGAAUUUUAUCGCACGAAUCGUGGUGGACUCAUAACUUUUCAUGGUCACGGUCAGCUCGUAGCAUAUCCCAUUAUACAUCUAAGACAAUUCAAACUAACCAUGCGUUUGUAUAUCAAAACUUUGGAAGAAACUGUUAUCAACGCUUGCCAACAAUUAGGCGUACUUAAUCCAACUACAACACAAGACACUGGUAUAUGGGUGAAUGAUAAUAAAAUAUGUGCCAUUGGUGUGCAUGGUUCGCGUUUCGUGACUACACAUGGUAUAGGAUUGAAUUGUAGCACAGACUUGAAAUGGUUUGAACAUAUAAUACCUUGCGGUAUAGAAGGCAAAGGUGUUACGUCGCUAAGUGUUGAACUUAAGCGCCACGUAUCAAUAGACGAAGCAUCAAAUGAGUUCAUAAAAAGUUUUGCAAAUAUUUUCAAUUGUCGCAUUGAAGAAGGUCAAUUUGAUGCAAAUAAUUUAAUCAGAGAAGCUCAAUCUAAAGCAUCUUGAACAGGUUAUCCGUUUAAAUUGAUCCAAUGUGAUUUAUUUUUUAAAUAUAUCUGUUAUAUGUGCAAUUUUUUUUCUUCAUUAA